AUGGUCCAAUCUACAGUCGAGUAUGGCACAAUGCUGACCCAAGUCAUCUGCAGGGGCGCUCCCGUUAGCUUCCUGACCACUUCUGCCCGUAAAAAUAGCGCCAGAACGUCUGCGAUCCAAGACCCAAGUGCCCGGAUCGCCGCGCCACUAGGUGGCCUCUGGCACUCUGAGAGCAACCACAGCGAGACUACCUCCGAGGACCCAGCAAGAGGCCCUAAAAUGCACGCUGGGCCUACUCGCUGGUUCGUCCCAAGUGUGUCAAGUGUGUCUGCCAGCCUAGGCCAGCCUGCUCACGUCCUAGGGCCUAGAGAUUCCUGCGCUGCUCGACUGCGUCUUGCCUCUUCAGACUAG